AUGUUCACAAACAGCCAGCUGUGUGGCUUACAACUUCUUCAGUGCCACCAAUCAGUGCCAACUCUUCAACCAAACAUUGAACAAGUUCUCUGUACUGCCCGGCUGUCAAUAUUAUCUCAGGGAAGACUAAUGUUAUCAAUAGUUGUAAUCACAGCUGAUAGAUCAAUAGCCAGAAAUGUCCUAAAUAUUACUGUGGACAACGAACUGAGGGAAUUUUACUUCAACGGCAACAACAUUUCUGUAGCUUCCAACUUUCCAAACGCAGUUUAUUGGAACAGACCCGAUUCGUACAACUUGGAAGGUGACAUUCAUGUGCUUGCCCUCAAGAUGUACAACAACGAGUUUUCAGGGGGUUUCAUAGCCAGCACACCAGAUGAUUACAUCCUGACCAACAAAACUUGGAAAUGUACCUUAGAAUAUUACGAUGGCUGGUACAAAAUCCACUACAAUGAUUCACUCUGGCCUGACGCAAAACUUCAAUCCUGGGACAAGGACGCCAAACUCCUGACGUAUUUCUCCCCUAACGCCAAAUGGAUUAUUGAUUCUACAGACUGCAAGAGCUGUUUAUUCUUCUGUCGGAAAAGUUUUAUUGGUAAGAUCUAA